GGGCAACCCUCUUACUUCAAAAUUUUAAUAAUUUAUAAAAUUUAUAAAAAAAAUCCUCUCAAAAUUGGCAUCACAACAAUUUAAAAAAAAUUGCUAGAAAAAUUAUGCGCAAAUCUUAUUCUCUAGAUAACCAAAUAUUUGUUGAUAAAUUCAAAAAAACUAAUUGUUACAGCGAGCUCACCUCUCGCAUACUCUCAGCGUCCAGAGGCGAAUACUAUGGACCGGCCGAGGGGCAAUAUACAAGUCAUUGGCACUAUCAACCUAAGGAAAAAUGCAAAUGUAUUAACAAAGAACUAUGUGAGGCCAUAAGCAAAGAUUUGUAUGUGGCCGCCUCUAAAUCGAGUUGCUACAUUCAAGAUCAUGCCACGGCCUGGUUCAAUCAACAGCAACAAAUGAAAAAGCUAAAACAGACCCUUGACUCUAUGUCAACAAAGCAGCUGAAAGAUUUUCAAUGUCAAUAUCAUGGAAAAUUUCCAUUUCAAUCACCACCGGCAGGAUGUUUGGACUUGAAAAAGCCCAUACGUUCAGUACCCUGUGUUCCAUUUAAGAUAAGCAAUGCCAAACAAAUAUCCCCAGAAUUUUUGCAACUUCUAAGGCAACAUGAUGCGCGUCAAAGGGAGAGAAGUAUUCUAUAUUGUCUGCCUAAGGAAUAUACCGCAAGAAGGCUGACAUCUAAGCAUAGAAUACGCGAUGGUGACAAUGCUCCAGCCAAUGAGAAAAGAAAAACAAACAAAGAAUGCCUGGAAAGGCAGGAAAAAUCGUCUCUAGUGGAGAGGUUUAAGAUAUUUUGCCCGCAGCCAAGCUAGAAUGAUUAAACAUGAAAACAGGCAAACUUCUGAACAAUGCAGUCAGGACACAUAUCCCUUCAUCUACCAACAACAAGAAGUAAAAUCAACAAAGGCAAAAUCUUCUAUGGAAUUAAAAAAACCCAAAGAGCUUGGCUUUCUGCGGCAAGGAAACACACAUGUUGCUUUCAAUAAUGUGAGAAGUGC